UUCUCCAGAACCUAAGCGGGUUACACACAGAGCUGUGACUUCUGCUCUGCGGUCACGGCAGCCCGGUUCUGCCGCUCUCUGGAUCCGCGGUACCGGAGCUGCAGCCAUGGGGAACCAUGGCUCCAACCUGGACGACAUCCUGGCCGAGGACAUGCACCACUGGUACAACAAGUUCAUGAAGGAGUCUCCGUCCGGACUCAUCACGCUGUUCGAGCUCAAAGCCAUCCUCAACCUGAAGGGCAUCACGGAGAACGCCAACAGCUACGUGGAGCAGGUCUUCUUCACCUUCGACAUGGACGGGGACGGCUACAUUGACUUUGUGGAGUACAUCGCGGCCAUCAGCCUGCUGCUGAAAGGAGAGAUCAACCAGAAGCUAAAGUGGUACUUCAAACUGUUCGAUCAGGACGGGAAUGGGAAGAUCGAUAAGGACGAGCUGGAGACCAUCUUCACGGCCAUCCAGGACAUCACCCGGAACAGGGACAUCGACCCGGAGGAGAUCGUGACACUCAUCUAUGAGAAGAUUGACGUGAAGGGUGAAGGUGAGCUGACGCUGGAGGAGUUCAUCGACGGAGCCAAGGAGCACCCGGACAUCAUGGAAAUGUUGCGGAACUUGAUGGACCUGACGCCGGUUCUGGAGAUUAUCGUUAAAGGCCGCCAGGCCGCUGUUGAGAACUGAGCAAUAGCUAUGGCUGCUCCAAAUCGACCAAUCACACGCCAGACUCUGGGAGGACGCCUAAAAUCAACCCAUCCACACCGAUCAAACCCACAGAACUUUAAAGGGAACCCAGCAGCCGUCCAGUUCUGACCCGACUCAAAAAUAUGUCUGGGUUUUCGGAAGCUGCUGCUGCGGAUCGGACUUUCCGUCAUGAUGGAUUUCAUACGGCAAGAUGUUUUCACCCUUCACAAAAACAUUUCUGCACUGUUUGAUAUUUAGUACAAAAAAAAUUUACUGUGAAAUAUUUUCACAUUCCAGAUGUUCAGUAUCUGAAGGUCCAAAAUUAAAGAUGUUUUUACAAUAUUUCUUAAAUAAUGAAAACAUUUAUCAACAACCACAAAUCAAAUAUACACAUCUGCUUUGAAGAAAAAAAAAACAUUAACUCUGCAACCAUAAAUAUUAAGUCAAACCAUUUCCAUGUUUAGAAACUGAUCAGAAGAUAAAUUCUUCUCAGGGUCCAACUUUAUCAAAGUUCAUCAGCCAGUCUGGAAUCAGUUUGUUAGCUCACCAACAGAAGCUAACUGCUGUGGCUUUCCCACACCUGAUUGACGUUUCCCAUUCAAGGUCACAAACUUGAAGUCGUGUUUCUGAACAAAUGUCGAGUUCACUUGAACUCUUGGAUAAGCAUGAAUUAUGACGGCUCAUUUAAAAGGCUAACGAGUUGUUCGCAAACGGCAUCAUCUGACUGUUUCAGAUUUGGUACGUGAACGUUGGCGACUGGGAGGAGAGCGGAGGGAAGUCCAAACUCAAACUGGAGCCUCAGCAGAGUCACUAGUGAAUGGUGCAUCAAGCAGGUGUCAAAGUCAGGGCCCGGGGGCCACAUCUGGCUCACCGGAGCUUUUUCUGAGGGACACGUGUACGGAUAUUCAGGAUAACAGGUGUUAGCUUAAAUAGUCUCAUUUAAUCAAAGCAGUUUUAUCAGUUAACCGCCAGAUACUCCAGUUUUUUUUUUAUCCGCUGUCUUGGAAACUCCUGUAUAAUCAACAGAUUUCCAAAUGUUUUCAAUUAUGAGUUUACUGCAAAUUUUCCACAAGAAUGGUUAAAAACAUCGUAUUUAAGUGAUGCUAACUCCCACCUCUAGGUGGCAGUGUUUCAUCCUUCUAAUACUGUGCUGCCUCAGCCUGACUUGAUGCUAUAAUUUAUGAUCGAUAUAGCAAGAAACAAAGAGUCAGAUUUACUGUCAAACAUGAGCAAAAAUGUGGCUUGAUCUCUAAAUUGUUCUUGCUAAAUUGAUUAUAGACCGUUAUCUAUUAAUAUCUGUUUUUAGUGGGUUUCACAUAUUCAGGUUAUUCAUCCAUGAUCUUUACGCGACUCAGAGUGAAACUGAGUCCGACUCCCUGAUGCAGAACAACACGUCUGUCUAGGUCAGAUAAUCCACCUCCUUUGCUUCUGCUGCUCCCCCUUAAACAUGUCACCAAAAAACACCCAUAGUCUAAUUCAAACAUUUAAAGAUGCAGGAUAUCCUGAUAUCUGCUGCUUCGAACCGGUCCAUGGAGUUCAGACCAGAACGGGGUCAGAGCAGAACCGGGCCCUAUGAGUAAAACGGCGAAUUGGGCUGUUGUAGACAGAAAAAAAAGUACAUUUGCACCAAAAAAUGUUCAGAAAUGUUCGAGGAGAAAAAUCAGAGUUCAAAAUUUUUCAACUUGUAAAAAAUUGUCUUGUUUUUUCCUGAAAAAUUUUAGGUCAAUCUCAAAAUUUCUGAGUUUUUGGCAGAAAUAUUACAUUUUUAAAACUCAGUAAUUUCCUUGUUCUGCUGGAUUUUUUUUUUUUUCAAAAUUGACUUUUUCAAAUUCAGAAAUUUGCUCUUUUACAAUAUAUUUAUUUUUUUAAUCUACAUUGGGCUUAGUACGCUGCUGUAUCAUAGGAAAACUCGGAAGUCUUUAGAUAAACACAUGACCGUAUCAGCUACUAAUGAUAAAAUGUGAAUAUUACAACAAUUUGUUUUUUCCUUUUUCUGUGAAUUUAAGUUUAUAGAAAAACCCAAACUGUGGCCUUUAGUUUGAAGAGUUUAUUCUGUCAUUUCCUCCUCGUUUAGCCCUGCAGUAUAUUUAUAGUUGAAGUGGAGCAGCAGGAGGAACUCUGAUAAAAACACCUGAUUUUAUUCCUCAGCAUGGAGUGCUGAUGAUGAUGAUGACGUGAGGAAGGUUACAGCUGAUCUUCAUUCAGUCUCAGUAACAAAACUCAUUUUUUAUUCUGAAUGAAAACUGACUGUUUUGUGUUUUUGUUGCCUUAUUAAUAAAGUUUUUAAACAAACUGGGUGUAGAACAUCA